AUGCCUGUCAAGGAAGCGAUAGAACUACUUGACAGACAAAAUGAGGGUCUCCAAGCCGCGGACUGGGUGGUCGCGAGGGGUAGCGAAAGUAGGGAUGCUACGAGCACCCACUUCGCUGCCCUUAUUGGGGAGGGAGCGUUGAGUGCUCUUAAAGCGCUCAACUUUAAACCCUUCUGUGGACUCAGCCAGGCGACAGUUAGCAAAAGCGCCUCGGCGGUUCUAGCCAGGUGCGCAGCUGUGAUGCAUACAAAGCAUUUAUUCCUCAUCCAAGAGCCGUGGCUCGUCAAGGGACACAUUAAGGGCCUUGGAGGUUGUGGUAAAUUGUUCAAAGCAGACAAUGCAGAAAGACCAAGAGCCUGUAUUGUGGCGAAAGGUCUGGAUGCCUGUCUAUUACCACAAUUCAGCGACGGCGAUUUAGUAGCUGUAAGGCUGAAACUCAAUACAGACGAUGGAGAGGUCAGGGACCUGAUAGUGGGGUCUGUUUACAUGCCCUACGAUUCAGAGGAACUACCUCCCCAAAGAAACAUGAUAGAGCUAGUAACUUAUGCGAAGGAAAGUGGACUAGAGCUCCUCUUGGGCUGUGAUGCGAACUCACACCAUUUGGUGUGGGGAAGCUUCGACAUAAACCCAAGAGGGGAGAGCCUACUUGACUUCAUCAUGAGCACUAACUUACAAAUCCUAAAUAGAGGAACAGAACCCACUUUCCUGGACUCGAGAAGACAGGAAGUGAUAGACAUUACGUUGUGCACGAGGGGUGUGGUGGAUCUGGUGGCGGGAUGGAGGGUCUCAAAUGAACCUUCAGGGUCCGACCACAGACAGAUCCGCUUCGACCUUGUGAACUUACAGAAAGAUAAACAGUGGGGGAGAAACCCCAGAAAAACAAACUGGGAGGGCUUUAGAGCCGACUUA